CGUUACGCGCCUGCCUUCGUGGCACCGCAACACCGCAAAACCAAAAUGGAAGGUACCAAGUCAAGAAGAGAUAACAACGCAGAGAGAUCACCAGGCAACACCCGGCAGACAAUUUCAGCGAAAAACGCAAUCUGCGGUUGGCCUGCCCACAAGAUACCGGUCUCCCCAGAGUACAUACCAUUCCAGCACGGCGUGCGCCAAUGCUCUGGGUCGAGGGUUUUAAUAAGGUUUCGCUUUUUAUUAAGCCUCAACAACAACCUGGUACCUGCGAUGGUCGCAAGGAGGACAUCGCUGAGGGAAACUACCUUAUUAACCAGGCCUCACUCCAUGUCCAGAGGGCCAAACAAUCCGGAGAAAUGCCAAUCAUCAUGCCUGCCAUCCUGAUCCAUCGUCAUGCUUGGCAAGCAUGGCAACAGGGGCAGCGCACUCACCGAUCUGACAAUCGUCCGCCACGUUCUCGGCAAAGCCGAACUACACUGCUCAGGUCCAGCGUUCAGGAAUUCAGUUAUCCAUUCGACAUCAGUUUUCCCGAACAGAUAUCAAUCAUGAUUAUUAGUGUACCAGUCCACUGUUCCCAACAUCGAGUUCGAAGACCCAUCGUCGUUGGCUGGGAGCCCAGUCGCAAGCAUGAACGCGAGCGCGGGGAACGAAUGAGGCGAGGGCUUCGUCCACACCGCAAUGACCCCUAUGAUCAGACCACCAGACGCCACUACUAUCAGCCACCGCGACUCGAACCAUGGCCCUCAUUAGCCGACGUCUUCGACGUUUCGGAGGCGGUACCCGUGCUAAGUCUAAUUUGGAAAUGACAUCCUCGAGAACAGGUUGCAAGGAACGCGAAGGGGCCGGAUCCAUGCUGUCGGUUCCCUCACCUUCGACGAUACUCGAGGAGGUCGUCACUAACGUGGCGGG